AUGGCCAAACGCCUGAAUAACCAUUCUACUGUGUGCCUUCUUCAGCAUGCCGCUUCCCAACUUCAUGUGUUUUCACCUGAAGUUGGAGAUCAGCCCAGUCACAUUUACUCGAUUGUCAUGGAGAACGAGAAGAAGCUUGAGUUGGAUGAGAAGAACUUGUUCUUCAGAUUGAUCGUAUGUUGUUUUACCGUUAUGAAGCAAACGACGUUUUUUCGUAGUAGCUAAACUUCUUUAUUUAGAUGGCUUCUCCGUCUGCAUUGGGUUCCUUCCGUGGGCAUGUCAGUGGUGUGGAUAAGACUUUUCUGGUCUUCCAACGUCUGGCAACCUAUAUCCAGUAUGGGUCCAGAAUUAAGAUCAACUUUACUCGAUCCGUAUUCCUCAAGUUCUUUGUUCAUUUUACCAAGCCCCUUAUCACGGAGAUCAAGUUCUACGACACCCAUUUCUUCCGCCGUCAUAUCAUGGAUAUUUGCGACAGCUUGGUGGAAGAUGGUAGAUUAAUUUCAUGUUUUAAGUUUUUUUAGAAUGCUUCGACAAAAAUACCUGGCUUCGAUUUGUGGAGCUUCACAACGACAAUGCCUACGGAACCCUCCAAGAAGUUCUAAGAGAACAUAUUCGGAAGAUUGAGAUUGAUGAAGAGUUUUCCACCUACCUCUCCAAGUCUGGAGAAUACGAUGAGGUUAUCAUUAACUCAAAAACUGCGCAUGAACUGUAUUAUAUUAAUUCAUUCUUCAAAAUCCGCACCGAGAAGUUGGUUAUCCCUCAGGUUGCCUGGGUCCGUAUUUUCCAAGACUUUGAGAAGUAGGUUUAUUAACAUUAAACAUAGGUUUAUGCAAAUUUUUUUUUAUAAUGCAUUUCUUUUCAGCAUUCCUGUCAACGAAAGAUUGAAAACUCUUGAAUUGAGUUUCAACACGACCGAUGAGGAAAAAGACCAUCAAGUUGCAGCUGAAACCCUGAAGACUGUGGCACCAAAUCUGGAAGAUCUCACUUUGACCAAAUUAACCGGAAUCACGGUCGAAACCGAGUUGGAUGUGGACAAAAUAAAGGCGGAAUUGGAGAAAGUGAUCACUUAUCUCCGCGAGAAAAGUGUCAAUCAGAUCUAUGGAAAACUGAAUUUGAAGUCUCUAUCCUUCGCCAGCCAAGUCUAUGUCCAAUCCAAUAACGAGAGUAUCCCCAAUUUGGAUCGGUUCGUUAGUCAGUUGAAUCUGAAAAAGAUUGGUGCCGAGAAGAACUACAAUACCUACACCCUUGCCACUCCUGUCCCCGAUUUCAAAUUUGUUCUCUACUCCUGCAACACGGAGUAUUAUCCAUUCAAAGUUGCCAACGUGGUUGCCAUCUAA